AUGCGUGCCGCUCGUUUUGUGUCCGUCUUCGCGGGCAUCGCCGUUGCCUGCAACGGGAACAAUGCGCUCUGCGGGAAGAAGUACUCGGACGUGACGUUUGUUGGAUCCCACAACAGCGCCUUCGUCGGCAUCACGCCCGCCCAUAACCAGUACGUGUCGGUGACGGCCCAGCUCGACCUGGGCGUGCGCUUCCUCCAGGCCCAGACUCAGAACAAGAACGGCCAGAUCCAGAUGUGCCACACCACCUGCGCCCUGCUGGAUUCGGGAUCGCUGUCGAGGUACCUCGAGGAGAUACGGAAGUGGAUGGAAGCUCACCCGCGGGAUGUGGUCACGCUGCUUCUCACCAACAUCGAUGCGAUGCCCGUCACGCAGUUCGGCGACACCUUCAAGAACACGGGUCUGGAGAAGUACGCCUUUAGACCCAAAGAGAAGGUGGCCAUUGACCAGUGGCCGACGCUUCAGAAGCUCAUCGACGAGGGCACAAGACUGGUCGUUUUCAUGGACUAUCACUCGGACAAGAGCAAGGUGGACUACAUCCUCGAUGAGUUCCAGUACUACUGGGAGACGCCAUUCGGAGAGACAAACGCAGGCUUUCCCAGGUGCAACGUCGACCGGCCGCAAGGCGUUGACCCUGGCGGCCGCAUGUACCUCGUCAACCACUUCCUCAACGUCGAGCUGUUCGCCGGCAUCAAGAUCCCGGACCAGUUCAACGCGCCGAGGACGAACUCGCUGCAGUCCAUCGACAAGCAAGUCAACCUGUGCAGGGGUAUGUGGGGACGAACGCCGAAUGUCAUUCUGCUCGACUGGAUCAACGUCGGUGAGGCGAUCAAGGCACAGAACCAAUACAACGGUUGA